GCGGCUCCUGCAAGAUGGGUGAGCGAGACCGAGAGUUUGCCGAGGAGGUGGCUCCGCCACGCCCACCCCUCCCUUCCCGGAACAAUGGACGGUCCCGACGCCCGCACUCCAGCGGGGACGACGGCCGAUCCCGGGCACCGCCUCCUCCGCAGGAGCGGAAACCUUCACUUAGAAGGGGAGGUGGAAUCGGGAGCCCAUGCUUCCCCCGCGGCGGCCGCACAGUGGACUCGUCCAGCGCUUCCCGCCCGGGCCACUCACUCUCGGGCGGCGGCCGCUAGCGUACCGGGGCACCUGGGGACGGGGAGGCGAGACCAUCCAGCACCCGUGGGGGAGGGAGAAACCACCACACCUGCGUCAGGGGAAGGGGCGAACUACCUGAAAGGACCGGGGCGCUGCAAAGAGGGCAGUAGAAGGUGCAGAAAGAGAAAGGAAACUAGAGAUGCUGCAAGGCCCAGGUCCAGCCUGGCGCCCUUCCCGCCCAGCUCAUCUUGCAGAUCUGUGGCCUCUCUUCCCCUCCCUAAACCCACAGCUCUACUCCCAGAUGAGACCUUCCCAUCUAUUCAUUCUUUCCUAGAAAGCCAAAGGGCGUGGGAGGGACAUACGCAUGCGCAUCGUGCGCAGGAGGCCCCCCGUGAGGCCCGGAAGAGACUCGAGUGCGUGGUGAGCUGGGGUUACCGCGGAAAAGAAGCCACUGCACCCCAAAGCUACGUGGGCUUUUUCUUCCAGGACACAAUGGACCCCUGGGGGCCAGCCCCCCAGCCUUUCCAGCGGCCUGAGAAACCUGGUCGUGUCCGCCGUCGGAAGACCAGGCGGGAGCGCAACAAGGUCCUGAUGGGCAGCCGCCGACCAUUGACCCGUCAGGAUCCUCUUGUGACCAGUCAGGAUCCCUCUGUGGUCCCUACUGCUCCCAAGCUUGUGGUCAUAACCCAGGGCCGGCUGAGCCGGGAGCACCGGGGUCUCUUCAACCAUGAGGUGAAAUCUCUGGACGUGGCGCGGCUGCUUAGCUGUGAGUCCCUGGAGCCAGGCACCCCUUCACUACCCACCAAACCCUCCCCAAGCCCAAGUCGGGCCCAAGAACCGGCCCCGCAGUCAAGGGACAAGGAGAACCAGGUGCCUAGAGGCUCGGGCCCAGGCCCACCCAGUCCCCCAGAGUUCCCUGGCUUGGGGCAGCUGCUGGAGGAGCUGCAGUGCCAGCUGAUUCUGCCGCAGGCCUUCCCCAGGAGGAACCUAGUACAAGAAGCCAGAGAUGCCAUCGUGGGCACCUUACAGGCUUGCCAUGGCUGUGUGCCCGACCUCACCCUGGUGCUCCGUGGCUGCCAGCCACCCUUACCAGGGACCAAGCCUGGUGGCCCUGAAAGCCGAAGGAUGACACCCUCCUGGAUCAACAGCCCCGAGCAGGCCCCAGGGGAGGGGAGGCAGAGGAGGCAACAGAGGACAAAAGAGCUCGCCUUUGCCAUGCCUCACACCUCCAGCACUCCCAUGGUGCACAGGGUGAGCCUGGCACCGCCAAAAGGUCCCUGGCCACCUCCCUUGCCCUUGUUGCCUUCCCCAUCCGGGGCAGCCUGGGGCCCCCCAACAGCCUUUGACCUGCUGAAAAGCAUCUGGCUGGUAGCCACACCACCCCCUCCGCGGUCCUGGGGGGUCGGGCCACAACAACCCCUGCCUCAGCCACCAUCACCCUUGUUGCCCAGAACCUCUGCCCUGGACUGGAGCCCCAGCCCCCCUGCCCCACUGCCUAGCCUAUCCUGGGCAGUGGCCCAGAACAGCCCAGAGGCCUGGUCCUUUCCACCCAUGAGACUGUACUGAGGGGCUGAGGCUGGGCUGGGGGCACUCCUAAUCACCUCAAUAAAGUACCUUCUACUUGGUCCUCUUGAUUUU